CUCUCUGCGGCUUCCCCUUCAAGGCUGCCGGGGUUUCUCUGCUGUUUCGUUUCGUCUCAAGGAAGCGUGUGACGUCUCUCUAACAGCCCGUUCUUUUCCCUAGAAGAUGUGCGUGGAUGACGCGAGGAGGCGCUCUCAUUUACUCCAACUGUCUCCUUGCUAACAAGCAGGGGUAGGUGACGGGUGACCGGCGUUCUGCGUGCCGCGCUGACUUCAGGUGGCUCGGGUGACGUGGCGCGGGAUUCCACAGGGGGCCUAGCCAAUGGCUUUCAUGUCUUGAAUAUGUUCGUCAUUUACAUGGUGAAGGUAGUAACGACUUUUUUCUGAAGGGUUCAGAAAAACAUGCUGGACUUCUUCUGUAUUUUUUCUUCCUCUUCAACUCGAAGAUGUACGACAAAGACACUGCCGCGACCGCACUGGAAACCACCCAUCGCCUCUGCUCAUUCACUCGGCCGCUUCAUGAGCGGAGUCGCACGGAAGCUUCGGGAAAAAACCUGAAUCGCUGCAAACACGAUAGAUCGGCCUUUUUUCACUGAGCAAAGACACUGUUUUUUCUCCUUGACGCCUGGAUGUUCCUUGCGAGGUCAACUGAUGUUCCUUCUUGAUUCGACUUGGUAACCGUCCUCACGCCUCUUGUGCAAGGUCCUACGAGGAAACGAACGCUCCUCGAACUCCGUAGAAGGUGACGACUGCAGACGAUUCAGCCCGCAGAACAACGGAAAGAUGAUGUGUUGUAGGAAGGAGCCAAUGCGACAUGUUGUCCAAAAUCGUUUCGAGUGUCUGUUUAGAAUUCGAGCUGUGGCCACGCUCUUCAAGCUGCCUCCGUUUCGCGCGCUCCCGGACGACCCUCCAAACCCAAACACGGGCGAGUGAAACGCGAGACCUCUGUCGUUCCCCUCAUUUUCGAGCGUUUUCUCCAGAGUGUCUUGCAUGCUGUCAAAGUGAAAACGCCUAGGACAGUUUAUAUUGAUUUGACGCACGUGUUGCCUCCGGUCUGGUUCCCCUGUACGAGGAGCACGUGCAGCUGACAUUUUUCGUGUAUUUGUCUGACACAAGCUUCUCUUCAGUACAAACACAGCCGAGAACGCGUAUGAGGGGGGGAUCCUGCAGUACUCGUCGACAGAAAAUUUGUAACUAUAUCCCUUGUUACUCCCGAUUUCGUCUUAUGUAUGUCUUUUUUGUCGCCCUUUUCCCCGUAUUCGAAUGAAAUCUUUUAUUUUUCUACUUCCGUCACGGAGCGUUUCGCCGCAACAAGUCGCCGUGCCUCAACCGUUCCAUGUAAGGCCAGAUUCCGAAUUCUUUGGGUGACGUUCCGCCACCAUGCACCCCCACCUUUCUUCCGCAGAGCCUCAAGAGCCUUCGGGAGACGUUUCUCCUACGGCGUCUUCUCAGUUGGGCUCCCCAGCGCGAAGCACUGUCGUUGAUCGCGGUGACGUAGACCUGCCGUCACACCUGCUCUCGAGAGAUUCUUUUGCGACCUCCGUCGCAGUGUCACGAGUUCCGGAGGAACCGUGUGCUGGUACAACUGCUCAAAGGUUCGACAGCAGCGAGUCUGAAUACCCGCCGCCGGUGUCCAUAUUUCCGCAAAAAUACGCGGCCGACGUGUCCCUAGUUCCAGGGACAGCGAAGGCAGAAGGCCAGGAGUCCGAAGGUGCGCAAGCAACGGCGCUGCUGCAGGAGCCGCCAUCGGAGGACUCUCCGUCGUUGGAAUCAAAACCACUGGGGGCUUCCUCCUUCCAUCGACACACGGAUAAUCAACCGGAUCCAUGCGCUGCCCCUCGCGAGUCUACGGUUGUCACCGAAUGCCGGCCCGAAAUUCUGGUCACCAGCGAGCGGGAAAGUGCGGUUUCCCUGCAAAGACCUCCGCAGGAUGUAGAGACAGAAAAGCCGACCACAGAUGGACUGCCGCCCUCUCGGAGUCUCCUUCCAGGGAAAUCUGUUGCUAAUGUCGCCGUUCGCGUUAGUGCACACCCUGUUACCAGGAGUGUCGUCGAGGUGCCGGUUCGUGAAUCAGACCUGCGGCCGAAAGUCGCAGCAAGUAGGCCCGCCCCUCAGGUUGCACCUUGGAGGGUAGAUCAAGAAACUGAGGCGUACCCCAGGGAGGAAGUUUCAAGCGAUGAUGAACUUCGCGCUGGAGCACCCGCUCAGCCGUCGCUUGUCACUCGUAGUGCCUUGCCCGGAAUGCCGUCUCAACCGCUCGCUCGGCAGCCGUGUCCUGAUCCCGGUGCAGGCAUUGCCCUGGCACAGGCAGGUUUUGAACCCGUUCUGGGAGCAGCUGGCGCUCCUGCGCUCCGUAGAUCGGAGCCAUCUGUGACUGGCGCUGUGCGGAACCAGGCGGCGUCUUCCCCUCCAGAGACUGAACUAGUCCCGAGCGGCAACCGAGACAACAUCGCCGCUCCGCCUGGCACGCGCGUAGCAGCACGACAUUCUGAGGAAGUGAAAAGUUCGCCUGCAGAAAUCACAGAGGAUACUCAGUUUCCGAGCUCCGCUCCUCCAAGUUUUCUCGGGGCUCCCAAGGGCCGCAGUUCGUUCGGAGGACACAGAAACUGCGUGCGUGCGCCGUACGUUGUUGAACGGGAGGCGGCACCUGUCGGCACCUACUAUGGAGCCCACCGGGUCUGCGUCAUUGGGCCGCAGCGGGCCUCUCCCGCUCGCCGCACGAGUUGGUGGGUGGUGUCGAAUGGCGAGGAACCACAGCGGCCGUUGUCUAUGUACUGGAAAGAACGAGCAAAGCGGUGGAAGUGUUACAAUGACACUGCCUCCCAGGAGGCGGCGUUGCGCACGCGCCCUCCACCAGGGACCGAGCAAAAGGUGACUGUGGUGAGUCGGCGACCUUCGCCGGACUUGCUUGCCCCUUCAGCAGGCUCCGCGGCCACCGUGCAAAGAGUCGAGACUUCCCCUUCGGCACGGGCUACCUCACCAGGAAUGCACCUCGUUCUUUCCCCGCAACAACGUCAGGAACCCGACGAGAGCCUCCAGGCCUUAGCAGAGGCGCGGGAUGCGAUUCAAGAACUGGAGAGAACGCUGGCGGAGCAAGAGGUGCGGUGGCGAGGAGACAACAUGUUGAAGGAGGGGUGCAUCGCAUACCAAGACGAGUCGAUUCGCUUGUUGAAAGCGCAGAUCAAAAAACUCUCCGAGGAUCUGCAGUGUUACGCGACGAGCAACGCGUUUCGCAGGAGGGAAACCGCCUCCCUUCUUCGACACCUCCGCGUGCUUCGGGCGACUCGAGGAGCACGGCAGGGCAGUAUCGAGGGGUUGCAAAUCCUUUACCGGAAACUCGAGGCCGCCAGAACGAUGGGGAUUGCUGCGGGGAGCCAGACAGCGGCCUACCUGACCGGCAACCAAUCAAUAACACCACCGUCGCCUGUGGGCGCAUCUUACGGCGACACCCCCACCUGUCCUCACGCACCAGCUCUACAGGCUCAACAGCCUACGUCGCCUGCCUCGCCAUCUUCCGCGCUUCAGUCGCCCUCGCCGGGAGAGCCCCUCCAAUCUUCCUUCAUGGUGUCACCUCCAGCUCAUGUGGAUCAAAACGCCGCGUAUUCCCCGCGUUCGCCCGGGGCAGUUGGUGUUAGUGUCUCAACGAGCAUCACCGGGCUCCCUCAGCCCGACGCUCCAGCGCCUCGCCCGGAAUUGAUCGAUGCCGAAACGGAGAUGUCUGAGGCAGGCUUUGACGAGCUCCUAGGGGAGAGAGAGGAGAGAAGAAGACGGGAGGAAGAAGAGAGAGAGGAGAAACGUAGGCGCGAGGAAGAGGAGAGACAGUUGCUGGCAACGGAAGUAAAAAUGCUGCAGCAGCAACUGGUAAUCUUGCUCGAACAUGAGAAACAGGAGGAAGAGAAGGUCCGCCAGCAACAAGGACAACUCGGCUUGCUGCAAGAACAAGAAAAGCUGUUGAGGGCGCAAGCGGAGGAACAGGAGAGUCUCCAGAAACAGAUCGUUGCAAGGCUUGAAGCAGAGGCGAUGGACCAUGCCUUGAAAGAGCGCCGAAGAGAAGAGCUUCGACAGUUGGUUCAGGAGACGACAACGCCCUUCCCGUUUGCUCCAAAUCCUAGUCGUCGCAAUCGGGCCCUUCUGCCAGAAUUGCCCCGCUUGGAUGCUCUGCCUCAGUCUCCGCUUCCUCGAACUUCUUCGCCGUCGCCAGCACCUUUCGUAGGCGUUGGUCAAGGUCUCCCGUCUCCGACCCACUCUCCGCGAUGGAAACAUCGAGCCUUGGACGGAGAGCCUCUGACCUUGGCCUCUCCACGGGGCUCUUCACGCUCCCCGACGACUCUUUUGCUCUCCAAAGAGGACGCGCAGGAGCGAGAAGAUCUGCGAAGAGCCAACGAAGUUCUUCAGAAGAAAUGCACUGAGCUUCAUGGCCAAGUCACUUACCUGCAAAUGGCGGGAGCGGGCCUGAGUCGAGAGCAACUUGAAUACCUAGAGGCGCAACUGGCAGAGCAGAAGGAGUAUACGAAGGCGCUGGAGACUCAGAAUAAGGAACUGGUCGAGAUGGCAGAGAAAGCCCUGAACGACCAAAAGGAGGCGAUGGAGAAGGAAUGGGGUGAGCGACUCCAAGCCGUCGCAGACGAGCGAGACGUCACGACGGAGGCUCUGAAGCGCCAGGGAGAGACUGCGAGGAGUGCCGUCCUGGAACUCGAGCGCAAAAUCGGCGCGGCAGAGAGGACAAAAGAUGACGCGCUGGGCCGGCUGGUGAUGAGUGAAAACAAAGCUGACGGGGCCGAGCAGGCCCGCGCAAGGGCGGAGGAGCGAGUGAGGGAAUGUGAAGAAGAAAUUGAGUCUCUGCGGCGCAAACUGUCCUCUCUUGAGCAGGAGGUGGACGCGAUUCGAAGGGAUGGAGGUAGAAGAGCUGAGGAACUUCAGCGGCAACUGGAAGAGAGAGAGCGGCAGGUUGCCUUUCUUGAGCAGUCGGCGGGCGUGGCGGAGCAGGCGAACACGAAGCUAAGGAAUGAAAUGGAUACCCUGAAGAGGCAACACAGUACAACUCAGUGCUUGAUGCGGUCGCAAGUUGCCUCGCUUGCAGAGCAAAUGGAAAAGGACCAGAGAGUGAAGGAGGACGUCAUCGCCAUGCUCACGAGUGAGACCGAAAUGCUGCAAGCUCAAGCAGCAGAAGCCACAGCGAACUAUAAGGCUCUCGAGGCAAAGUGGACGGAACAAACAGAGCGAGUAGCCACUCUGGAAACUGAAAAGCAGGCGCUGGAGGCAAAGUGGACGGAGCAACAAGAGCGAGUAGCCACUCUAGAAACUGAGAAGAAGGCACUGGAAACUAUGUGGACGGAACAGAAAGACAGAGCAGCUACUAUGGAAGGAGAGAAGAAGAAGCUGGAGGCGUCAUGCGAGAGGAUGAAGGAGGAAAGCAAACUGAUCCAAGAGGAAGAAACGCGACUGAUUCGGGCAUUCAGUAAGACUCUACCGGAAGGCACCAGUGUCACUCUCGAGAAAAUUCUGCAGGAAAAGGAGAAACAGUUAGAAGAAAGCCGACAGCGCGUAAGUGCACUAAAGAAGGACCUAGAGGAAUCCCGGAAUGAGUGCGCGAAAGCUCUGGAAGGUCUCGAGGCGGAGCAAAAGAACAGACAGGCGGAGGAAAAGAAGUACAAAGACGAACUCGAGAAACUGAGAGAAAGAGAAAGGCAGAGCGAGUCCACACUCCAAAGCUACAUUUCUGGACUGCAGAAGGUGCAAGACGAGUCGAUGAAGAGCCGAGAGCAGACAGAGCGGACCAUGAAAGAAAACGAGGAAAAGUACGCGAAACUUUCCGAGUUGACUGCAAAGCAGCACUUUGAGCGAGAAAAAGUCCUUCAGAAGCACCUCCAGGAAAAAGAUGCGCUGAAACAAAGUCUUGCACGUAUGGUUGAGGAGACGGAGGAGCUCCAGAAGCGAUAUGAAAACGAGUUGCAACAUCGAGAUGACGGAUACAGACGGGAACUCGAGGACAACCAGGGUAGGCUGCAAGAGAUGCUGAAGGAGGCGAAUGAGAGGGCCGAUGCGGCGAACAAAAAGGUUAAGGAGGCGAACGAGAAGGUGAAACAGGCGCUCUCCGAAAGGGCUGCCCUUGAAAAGAGCUUCCAGGCGGAAAUGGAGAACAUGAAGAAGCAGCAUCAGACCGAACUCACGCAAAUCCGCGAGUCCUUUCAGAAAGAGGCUGAGAAGAGCAAGAAGAAUCUCCAACUCCAGCGAAGCCUUUCUAUUGACGGGAUGAAACGCAGACACCAGCAAGAAUUGGCGGCUCUCCGAGCAGAUAGUCAAACAGCGCUGUCGGCGGCCAAGCUGGAGUACGAGUCAGCUGCUGCUUCGCACGAAGAGAAGCUCAAGGCGGCAAUCGAGUCCGUCAAGAAAGAGUAUGAAGAGGCUCUGCUGAAAGAAACUCGCGAGAACGAAAAGUUGAAGAAGCAGCAUACAGCCGAGGUAGAAAAGCUCAGCCAAUCGCAGGUCGGAAAGAUCGAUCAGCACAGGAGGCAAAGCGAACAUGUCAUCGAGGAGCUGAAGAAACGCCACGCGGCCGAGCUCGAGGAGAUGAAAGAGAGACUUGCUAAGUCCACGCAGGACUACACAGCGAUGGUCCAGGAACUGCGUGACAAGGCCGCAAAGGCCUUGAACGACGCCCAGAAGGCCCACCUUGAGGAAAUCGAGAAACUCAAAAGCAAAUCCAAAGAACAAGAGGAGGCGCACCGGCGGGAGAUUGCUCUCUCGAUGCAGGAGCUCCAGACGGAGCGCGGCUUGCGUGGGGACCACUCGGAUCGUUUCCGGGAGCUUCUCCACGAGAGAAUCACUACUCUGCAGCAUGAAAUUGAUUCACUGACGGUGAAACUGGAGGAUGUCCGUGACAAGAGUGCUGUCCUGGAAUCGGAGAAAGAAAGCCUUUUGAAGGUGAACCAGGAACUCGAGCGUGAGAAGCAGCAAAUGGUGGAAGAACGCAGGCGGACCGUUGACGACACAAGGCGGCUAGAAAAGCAGCUUGUCGAGGUGCAGGCGUGUGUGUCCGUACACGAGGCAAAAGCAACUCAGCUUGCAAAAGAUCUGGAUGGAAAGGAGAAAAAGCUCGUAGAGCUCCGUCAAGAGAUUGAGAAAGGCAAAUCUGACUCGACCAGGAAGGAGGAACGCUUGAGAAAGGCUGUCGAGGCGGCGCGAUUGGUGAAGAAUGAAGAGAUGAAGCAGAGAGACAUAAUCAACUCGCUGAAGAAGCAGCUGGAAGCGAAAGAAAAGACCUUGUCCGGCCUCGAAGACGAGGUGGACCACCUGCAGGAGAUGCUGCGCGCGAAGGACCAGAAUGACCUAGAGACCCUGUCUACUCUGAAACGAAGGUCUACGGAGCUGGAGUUCGAUUUGCAGGAUAUGAAAAGGGAGAACGCACAGUUAAAGCGCGCCCGCGAAACUCUUGAGCGAGAGCGAAGGAGAACCACGGAUGUCAUACACAACUUGCAGGAGGAGGUCAGGCGACUUGCCGGUACUGCAAAGGUGAAUCAGGAGGACCCUGAGAAAGAGAGGCUAAGAGGCCAGCUGGCAGACUUAGAGAGGCAGGUUGAGGAUCUCGAGUUCCAGUUGGAUGAGCACGCUCACGCCGAAGCGACGGUUAGAGGCGAGGCGAAGCACUUCCAGGAAGAGUCCAUGCGGAAGUCGGAGGAAAUCGAAAAGCUUAAGAAGGAUCUAUCUCUAACUAGAGCAAAGGUUGCUGAGGCGAACCAGCGAAUGCGGCAAAGUUUGUCGGACUUCAAAAAGCAGCAAGAGGAGCUCCGGAGCCGCCUGGCACGAGAUUUCGCUCGGAAAGAGGAAGAGCUGAUGGCGAAGUAUCAGAUGUCUCGAACGCAUGAGGAGGAGGUGAGAUCAAGAGAAGACGACAGCCGAAUACGGGAACUCGAAGCAAUGAUCGGUCAUCUGACCGCUGCGCCGACUGCUCUCCUCUCAACCGCGAUGAUUGCAGAAGUGAAGAGCUUUUUGCGACACGCAGCUGACACACUCCUGACGGUUUCUGCAGCCCUCGGAGACGGAGAAGCUAUAGGAGAACUGAUUACGCACAUGUACCCCAUGUUGUCUGCCAAAGAAGUUUCUCAGUUCCUUCUGAAGCUCGUCCCCACGACGCCAGUAAGCGUGCUGGAGAGCCUGGUGGAGAGACUUGAGCCUGCAACCGAGGCGCGAGAGGUCUGGGAUAAGAUGCAAAAGGCUACCCCCCUCCUGCGGUUGUCCCCUGAGGCUGCCGGUCUCGCUUUAUCAAUUCGGAACCAUUCCCAAGGUGUCCGCUCAUCCGGUGUUCCAGGCAGCAGAGCUCCGGGAAGCGUCGCUUUAGCCUUGGGAAGGGUAAACGGAUCUGCAGAUACACGCCAGCAAAUCCUCCGCUUCGUCGAGGUCUCGCCCCCGCUCGAAAGCUUGCAUCUGUUGAAAUGCGUCGGCAACGUCUUGGAUCCGUCUGACGUGGUUUCACUUCUCGCCACUCUUCUUCCUGCUGCGCCGCAUGCAAGUGUCGCCAGUGUUGCGACAGCAUUGUUUCACGACGAUGCUCCGAACCAAAUUGGGGAUGCCCUAGGACAAGAGUUUGCAGAGUUCUUGAAGGAAUUCACUUACGCACACCACUUUGCCGUUCUCCUUCCGUUGACUGGAGACGCCAUCAAACAAAUCCGAGCAAUUUACGCUGUCACGUCGAACCCCUCUACAGACACUCGGGACACCGCAGUGGAGGCCCCAGUGGUCCCCUAUGGUCUUCAAUCUGUUGCCGCCAUGCAUCACCGAACUCCGGUCAUGCCUCAGCCGGCUCCCGUCGUGCCUCAACCGCUCCCCGUAACGCCACCGUCGGAUGCGUUUGCAGCAUCUGCUUCAGCAAUUUCGCCGGUGUUGCCGCAGUGCUACGCCACUCCGCAUGCUCCUUACUUGUCGAUGUAUCAACCUCCCCCUCAUUCCACCCCUCAGCGGCGUCGCCCAGAUGAGCCGCCAGCGGCCGAUCUUGGACGCAGCGUGCAAACCGUGGAAAGUUCAAGACCUCCUGGGCCUCGCAUGUUCAAUCUGAAUGCGAAGUUGAGUUACAAGCUUGUGACUCAGAAGAAGACAGGGAAGAAAGAGAAGGCAAGCGAGCCCGUUGACGCGCCUAUCCAGCGUGUUGUCUCGGACGCAUCAACAAACUAAAAAAAGGGGUCGUGGAACUUAAAAUGACCGGCCGAAAGAGAAAUUGCCUUCAUGUAGGCGUGACCGUUUUCUUUUGAUUACGGAUAUGAGCGGAAAAAGCAUGGCCACAGAGUCACAGCCAGCGCUACCUCACGCGCGUUUGUGUCAGCGAAAGUAGUGCCUUUUCGUUUAAAAGUGUACAUGUGUGUUCAUACUCCCGUGUGGUCUCUGUAGUUGAUGUGAGUAUUAUGUGUGGUUCCGUUGUCCAGAAAAUCUGUGGACGACAUCGUUUGAUGGUUGUGUUCCUGCUAUUUUGUACGGUUCUUUGUCUAUGUGAGAGACCCCCUGCGAGACUUCCUUCAUAAAACAGUAUGGCCGUCCAGUUACUUUGGUAGCUUGUUAAGGAUUGACCGCCAAAGCGAGAGCAGACGAGCGCUGUGACGAUGUCCAAAGAAUAAAAAAGGGGGAAAAAUUAAGUCGGGGUAGUUGGUUUUGUACGCGUGUCCGUACUGUGCGGUGCAACGCUGACAGCGUCUGCGUGAUAUUAGUGUGGUGACACGGAGUAGUGAUCCGAAAAAAAGAAUACAACGCUUCAUUGUAGCCUCUAUGCACGUAUCACCUGCCUUAAAUGAACCCACUUACCCUUCGUGGAGUCUCUUAUCUUCCCUGAGUGGCUCAUCUUUCUUCGUAAACGAAUGGAGUUACGGCUUCCACGGCGAGUGUUGGAAGGGGCGUUUCAACAAUCAUGUCCAAGCG